AGUACUAUUUCAUCCUUGAAGUGAAAUUUGUGGACUACUGAAAUAUUAUUAUUUUUGCAUUAAAAAAAAUUAAAAGCCUCUCUAUGGUCAAAAAAUUCUUGGCUUCAAAUUAUUAUUCUGGUCAGAAUUUCGACAAACACAAGUCGCAUUUCUUUUGAUUUAUUUUUUGGUGGGGCUGUCUUAAUAUAUUAUUCUUGAAUUAUCUGCUCAUUACAGAAAAUUUGAAUCUUGAAACCUCGGCGUUCGAGAAAAAAUAAGAAUGGCGGGAGCUGUAUCAGUUGUUGUGGUGGGUUCAUCAUCAUCGUUAAUUAAUUCCAAGGCUUGCUUGUGCAAUUUCAACGGUGGAGAUUUGAUGAUUGUGCAGAGGCAUUCGAUUGGCUGGAAGAAUGUAGCUCGUUUAAGGCCGUUGGAUUUGUGCAGUUCGUUUCUUGAUUAUUCCUCCAUGUCAGCUCUCUGGGUUGCAACUGCAAAGAAGAGAAAAAAACGGAGGGAAAAUAAUAAGAGUCUUGUGGUGGUGGAUGAACUUGCUGGGCAGUAUGAAGAAAACUUUGAGGAUGUUAAAAAACAAAUCGUCGAAUAUUUCACGUAUAAAGCUGUGAGGACCGUCUUGAAUCAGCUCUACGAGAUGAACCCUCCACAGUAUCAAUGGUUCUACAAUUAUAUUGCAUCGAACGAACAUGGUUACGGGAAGCGCUUCGUUCGCAACCUUGUAAAGGACAAGUUGGACCUAGCGGAGAGAGUGAUGAUAACUCGGCUCCACCUAUACGGAAAAUGGAUUAAGAAAUGCGAUCACACAGAGAUGUACGAGAGGAUCUCGGAUCAGAAUCUGGAGUUGAUGCGCGAGAGGCUUAUGGAGACUGUAAUAUGGCCGUCCGAUGAUACUAACACAGAGACGAUGGGAUGAAAAAGGACGAUAAAAUCUGUAUAUAUAUUCAUUAAUGGUUAUUUUAUUUUUUUUUAAUUGUAAAAAAAUAUUUUAAAUUCUGAUCUGUGUGAAGAAACACUGGUUCAAUUUUGAAUGCAACUGAAGUAGAACAAAACAUUAGC